AAAUGGCGUCUGCAGGCGACCCAGAGCGGGACACCGGCCAUUCAGUGUGAGCUUUCCACCCCGAAAUUGAGGCCGGGGCUUGGUGGGGAGUUAUCAGGAACGGUUACCAAAACUGUUGGCUUUUUUCCUCCCCGCUUUUCUCCGGUGUGUGUGGCUCACUCCAGCACCGAGAUUGAAGCGGAACAGCAGAGACUCUCUCCUACAAUGAGGGGGAGACGAGGAAGGCCGCCCAAACUAGCUGCCGUGAUGCGGGAAGGUUCACCCGGGCCAGUCCGCGGCUCGCGGGGUGGCAGGAGCAGAGGGAUGCGUGGACGGGGAAGAGGCAGAGGACGGGGUCGGGGACGGGGAGGAAGCGGCGGUAUUAUUGGCACUGGCUCUACUGAGGUAGAUACUGAAAUCUCCGGCCGAGAGAACUUUCAUUCGUCCCGGGGCCGCAGGAAAGUUGGAGCCUCUAGCACGGCGGCAGCCACGGCAUCGCGGGGCAGAGGAGGCAGAGGGAGAGGCAGGGGGUCGAGAGGCGGCCGCGGCAGCAGAGGCGGAGUGAGGCGGCCUCAGACCAAGGUGGUCUACGACGACAACAGCGACGAGGACGAUAAUUUAAGCUACAGGUCCGAUGAAGAUGAAAUCCUGAACGACAACCCUUCUUCGGAUCUUGAAGAAGAGGAGGCCUUUGGAAACGACUCUGACUAUCUGGAGGAACUACCAGAUGAUGAUGAUGCCAGCUACUGUACCGAGAGUAGUUUUAGGAGCCACAGCACGCUCGGUAGCACCCCAGGCAGAAGAAGGAGCAGGACCGUUCGGCCGCGGUCUCCCAUCCUCGAGGCUAAGGACAUCCCUCCUCUGGAGCUUCCUAAAUCUUCAGAGGAUCUCCUGAUUCCUACCUCUCAGCUCCUCAAUGUGUCUGCCGUGUACGAAGUCCUCCGCAACUUUGGCACGGUUCUGCGCCUCUCUCCAUUCCGCUUUGAGGACUUCUGUACAGCACUGGCUAGCCAGGAGCAGUGCACACUGCUGGCAGAGACCCACAUCUCGCUGCUUAAAGCUAUUCUCAGAGAGGAGGACACUUCCAACACCACAUUUGGUCCAACAGAUGUGAAGGACUCAGUCAACUCCACUCUUUAUUUUGUGGAUGGUAUGACCUGGCCGGAGGUUGUACGAGCGUACUGUGAGAGCGACCCGGAGUACCGGCACAUUCUGCCUUUCCAAGAGAAUGAGGAUUACCCGUAUGAACCAUUGGAGAGCAAAAUCAAAGUUCUCCAAUUCUUGGUGGACCAGUUCUUGGCGACCAAUCUCGCCCGAGAGGAGCUUAUGUCAGAAGGUGUGGUUGCCUACGAUGACCACUGUAGGGUAUGCCAUCGCCUUGGUGACCUGCUGUGCUGUGAGACAUGUUCGGCCGUGUACCAUCUGGAGUGUGUGAAGCCACCUUUGCAGGAAGUGCCCGAGGACGAGUGGCAGUGUGAGGUGUGUGUGGCACACAAAGUUUCCGGUGUAGUCGACUGUAUCCCAGAAGUGCAGAAGACCAGACCAUUUUUACGACAGCUGCCAGUCGGCUAUGACCGACACCACCGCAAAUACUGGUUCCUUAAUCGCCGCAUUGUUGUUGAGGAAGAUGGUGAGCAGACGGACAAAGCCAUCUGGUACUACAGCACCAAGGUCCAGCUAGCUGAGCUCAUAGACUGUUUGGAUAAGGACUACUGGGAAGCCGACCUGUAUGCAGCACUGGAGGAGAUAAGGGACGAGGUCCAUGCACAUAUGGAUAUCAGUGAAGACCUCACCAACAAGGCCCGUGGCAGCAACAAGUGUUACCUUACUGCCGCCAAUGAGGAGAUCCUGGAACGGUUGCGGGCUAAGAAGGAGGAGGAGCUGGAGGAGGUGAAGAGACGGGCUGCUGAGGAGGCGCUGAAGGCACGUCUGGAGAAAGAGAAGAAAGAGCUAGAAGUGGAGAGGGAGGAUGAGACCAUGCUGAAGGACGAGGUGCAGCAGGAUGGCAAAGUGCUGACAAAAGAGGAGGGGGAGACAAAAGAAGAGGGCUGGGAAGAGAAAAGUGACGGCAUCAAAACUGAAGUUAUUGAAGCUCCAUCCACUGGCCAUGAAGGCAGUAGUGGCAGUAGCAUCUCAGACGGACCUUCACCAGCAGCAUCUGCUCCAACACAAAACACCCCCUCCACCAGGAGCUAUACCCCUGCUCCUGAGGCUCCAAAGCCCAAGGAGCCCACCUUAGAGGCUCUGAUAGAGGGAGGUUCCAAUAUUGAGGUCCCUAACUGCACCAAAGAAACUCCAUCGUCGGACUCUGUCCCUCCCAGUGGAGAUGGUGUCCCCAGCCUGAGCCAGCCCUCCCAGACCAGUGAGGAGAACAGUAAUAGCAGCAUGGGAGCUGUGGUCCCUACCAGAGGACCUGAACCUCCAGACCUGGCUGACAAGUCCUCCCAGUCUUCCUUGGCCAGCUUUGAUGACACAGGGGACAGUAAAGAUUCAGCCAAUGGGGACUCAGGGGGUGUCAGCAUUAAGAAAUCUUCAGCUACUCGGAUGGUGACCCGGCUGAGGAACCCAGACAGCAAGCUCAGCCAGCUAAAGAACCAACAGGUUGCUGCCGCCGUUCAUGAAGCAAACAGGGGCUUCAAAGAGGGCAAAGAGGUAUUAGUCGUAAAUGCACAAGGCGACAUCACCCGAGUCAGCACACGCAGCAGCAAGGACGUGGUGAUGAAGGGGACGCUGAGUCAGUUCUUCAAACUGGGCCAAGAGGGAAAAUACCGAGUUUAUCACAACCAGUACAGCUCCAAUACUGUGGCCCUCAACAAACACCAGCACAGAGAGGACCAUGACAAGAGGCGGCACCUCUCCCAUAAGUUCUGCAUGACACCAGCAGGGGAAUUCAAGUGGAACGGGUCAAUUUAUGGCUCCAAGGUUUUGACCAUCUCUACACUGAGACUCACCAUCAUCCAGCUAGAGAAUAACAUCCCAGCACCGUUCAUGCACCCAAACUGGGCCUCUCACAGGACAAACUGGAUCAAAGCAGUUCAGAUGUGUAGCAAAGCCCGAGAGUUUGCGCUGGCUUUGGCCAUCCUGGAGUGUGCCAUCAAACCUGUGGCCAUGCUGCCUGUCUGGAAGGACUCACUGGGCCACACCAGGUUAAACCGCAUGACUUCCAUUGAACGAGAGGAAAAGGAGAAAGUCAAGAAGAGGGAGAAGAAGCUGGAGGAUGAAGAGACGCUGCAACAGGCAACCUGGGUCAAAUAUACUUUUCCAAUUAAACACCAGGUGUGGAAGCAGAAAGGAGAGGAGUAUCGUGUUACGGGUUAUGGUGGUUGGAGUUGGGUCAGCAAGACUUAUGUGCAGAGAUUUGUCCCCAGGCUUCCUGGCAACACCAACGCCAACUAUCGAAAAGAACUAGAAGAUGCUAAACUUGGAAAGAAAUGCAGCCUUCUAGACUUGAGCUGUCGGCCCAGCAUAGCUGCACCAGAAGCAGAGGAAGCCGCAGUCUUCAAUAGUGAGGAAAAGGAUGAAGAAACUUUAAAGCUUUCCAGGCCUGAAGGGGAUCAUCUGACGUCUGUUGAAGAUUUGGAGUCCAAUGAGAGGACGGAGAAGGAAAAGAAAGACUGGACAGGUGUUGAGGAGAAGUCUGAGGAACUGUUGGUGGAAGAAUCACCUGAAAAGAUGGAGGUGGACCCCAAAGACACUCCAUUAGAUGAAGAGCAAAGUACGACAGAGUGUGGGUCCAGUGCUGAGGAGGGAAGGGCCACCAUGAAGGAGGACCCUGCAGAGGAAACCUCGCGACCCUUCAACUACGAUGUCGUGGAUGUCAGCAAAGGCUUCCUCACACGCAUCGCCUACAAGAAGAAGGUCAAAUCCUCUAAGCUGGACGGCCUGCUUGAGCGACGGGUGAAGCAGCACGCCAUUGAAGAGAGGCAGAGGCCGCAGGUGUCUGCAUCCAACUCUCUGACCCCUUUAACAGCUUCCCCUUUUUCAACCCCGGCGAUGAGCACUCCUGUUCGACCGCGGUCACCUCUCAGACCUCACAAUCUCACACAGAAACAGCUUGGCGAAGCUGUGAAAGUGACAGAGAAUCCCUUAACAACACAAACUGCAGGGCCAGAGGAGGUUGGCGAACGGCUGGUAGGAGAAGAGGAGAGUCAGUCUGAACUCUCUAAAACUACUGAUGAGAAUACCACUCCUCUAUCUUCUCUUCCUUCUACUGCUCUGGGCUUUACACCAAAAGACAGUAGCAAUACAGGUACAGGUAAACAUUUGGCGUCAACACAGGGGUUGGAGGCAGACUUGGUAGAAAGGACUACUGGGCCAAAAGAAACAAAUUCACUGCAAGAGGGGAUUAAACAGGCUGAUGUAAUGGAAACAAAUGCAGGGGGGAAUCACAGCUCUUUAGAGCAGAAAUCAGCUGUGGUAUCAUCAGAUGAUACCAGUGCUGCACAUACUGAAAACACCAGGUUAAAACUGGAGCCUUUAAGGACUUCAACAGGUGUUCUUGACCAAAAAAAGAAUCCGAACACAUCCAAACUUCAGCAAAACCAAGAAACUCUUAGUGCAGAGGAAAAUGGGAUGGGGCCAGAGGAGAACCAAGGUAUAACAGACGGUGUUAGCACUCAUGAGCCUGCUUCUCCUCUCCUACAGGUAAAUGGUAAUGAUGACCUGAAGAGUGAAAGCACUCUGAGCAACUCUGUAGUGAGCUCAAACAAUGGCAUGCUUAUUCACAGCUCUCAGCUCAAAGUGAACAAUUUCGAUAAAGCUGAAGACAAAGGGCUGGAUGCUUCAGUGAAUGACAGCCUGCAGCAGAAGCCUUUAGUGAACGGGGAUGUAGCUCGUGUGAAUGAUUGUACAGAGGUCAAAGAACGGACUCUUGAGAGCAAGAUACUGCUAUCAGACCAGGACUACAAACCUCCAGUGAAGGUGCUGAGGCUGCAGAACAACAUAGAAGCACUUGGAGAGAAUACACAGGACACUCGAAAGCUCGACAGCACUUCACCAUCCAAACCCAGUUCUGUGGUCAAAAUCAUCAGAAUGGCGCCGUCUCCUAUACCCUCACCAGAGGAAUCUAGCCUUAGUGAUGACUUUGCAGAGGAGAACAGUAACAGCGGGACCACAAAACCACCAAAGACCAUCAUCACCCAGGUGACAACGACCUCCACAACCACCACAACAGUUGUCUCCACCAAGAUGAGGAUGGCUGAGGUGGCGUUGGAUCUACCAGGGGGGACAAGGAUGACUGAGAGCAGCGCUGUAUCCACUCUCACCACCAUGACUAAAACAACAGUGACCAAAACCUGCUCCUCUGAUGGGCAGUCAAACGAUAGCCAGAGUGAAACAGUGACACAUGAAGAGAAGCUAUCAACCUCUGUCAGUAAGUCAGCAACUGAUAUCAGGGGAGAAACCCUGGUGUCAAGUGUCACAGAGGAUUAUUCGUCUACAAAAGGCCGCGUCCACCUCCUAAAGUUCUCCCGCACUAAGAAGACACGCUCAGACACUGCUCUACCCUCUUACCGCAAGUUUGUCACCAAAAGCAAACGCAAGAGUAUUUUUGUGCUGCCGCAUGAUGACCUGAGGGUGCUGGGGAGGAGAGGUGGUUUCCGCGAGGUGCCUAUUUUUAACUACAACGCCAAACCGGCAUUGGAUAUUUGGCCUUACCCUUCACCCAGGCCCACGUUUGGCAUCACCUGGAGGUAUCGCCUGCAGACGGUGAAGUCUCUGGCCGGUGUGAGUUUGAUGCUGAGGCUCCUGUGGGCCUGUCUGAGAUGGGAUGAUAUGGCUGUCAAACCAUCUGCUGCUGUAGGCACCACACGUACAGAGACAUCAGACACUGAAAUCACCACCACUGAGAUCAUCAAGCGCCGUGACGUGGGACCAUAUGGUAUCCGCUCCGAGUACUGCAUCCGCAAAAUCAUCUGCCCACUUGGGGUGCCUGAGACUCCAAAAGAGACCCACACUCCUCAGAGGAAGGGGCUGCGCUCCAGUGCCUUGCGUCCUAAGAAGCCUGAGCCUGCCAAGCAGACGGGCCCUGUGGUGAUUGAGACCUGGGUGGCUGAGGAGGAGCUGGACCUCUGGGAGAUCAGAGCCUUCUCAGAAAGGGUGGAGAAAGAGAAAGCCCAGGCAGCAGAGCAGGCAAAGAAACGUCUGGAGCAGAAACCAGGUUCAGUCAAUGCCACACCAACAGGAACUCCAUCAACUCCUGCUGCCACGCCCAAAGUCAUUGUGGGUUCACUGUCAGGCCAGGGCACCCCCACCACCAAGGUGGUGCUGUCUACAAAGAUGGGCACCCCUGUCACAUUCCAGCAGAACAAAAACUUCCAGCAGUCGUUCGCCACCUGGGUCAAACAGGGUCAGAGCACACAAGGAGCAGGUAAUGAGACUACUGUGGCCACAUCGGGCGGAAACACUUUCCAGAUUACUGGAACCUCAGUAGGUGGAAAGGUGGUGACCACCAAGCUGCCGCUACCAGCCAACAGCAAGAUCGUCACAGUCAACGUGCCAACUUCACAAGGAGGUGUGGUUCAGCAGAAAGUGUUGGGUAUCAUCCCGUCGAGCACAGCAGGCGGUGCCCAGACCUACACCACAUUCCAGCCCCGCACAACCACACUCAACAUCAGGCCAAAUACACCAGGAUCCCAGCAGCAGGUUCUGGCUGCUGGUGCUCAGAUCCGUCCAGGAAUGACAGUAAUCCGAACACCAAUACAGCAGACAGGACCAAUGGGAAAAACCAUACUACGUACUCCUGUCAUGGUCCAGCAAGGUCAGGGUGGGCAGCAAGUAGUGACGCAGAUCAUUCGUGGUCAGGCUGUUUCCACAGCAAUAUCCGGUGCCAGCCCUGUUGCCACAGUCACAGGUCAGGGGUCAGCCAGCCCCACCACAGCCGGGCAGACUGCAGGUCAAACACCGCCUGGCACCCCACGAGCACAGGGACAAGGCCAGGUUAAGCUCACCCUGGCACAGCUUACCCAGCUCACACAGAAGCAGCAGGCAGCAACAGGGGUGGAGCGGCAGGCUGGUGUCGGUGGUACCCAACAGGCUUUGACGGUGAUGGUUCAGGGUCAGGGCCAGACCACUGGUCAGCUGCAAGUCAUACCUCAAGGCGUCACUGUCAUCCCAGGACCUGGUCAGCAGCUCAUGCAGGCAGCACUGCCAAAUGGCCAAGUUCAGCGCUUCCUGUUUACCCCCUUGGCCUCGGCAGCCACGCCCACAUCAAGCACAGCCACCCAGCCGAACUCAGCCUCCACCAAAGCCCCAGCCCAGCCUGCCCAGCAAGCUGCAGCACCCAUCCAGGCAGGCGCCAGCCCCUUGGCCACCACCAGCACCCCCUCAGCAGCCACCCCACAGGGCCAGUUACCCCCUCAGACACAGGCUCACAUGCCCAUCCAGUCCCCAACGUCACUGCAGGUGAAAACGCAUGGAGGUACCGCCCAGCUGCAGCUACAGCAGUCUCCACAGCUCAUCAGCAUGUCUGGUCUACAACAACAGGUUUUGGCUCAGCUGCAGGCCCAGCAGGCCGGAGGCUCUCUGCCACAACACAUCAAACUUCAACUUCCAAUCCAGAUACAACAGACUGGGACCACCUCAGCUCAGGGAGGACAGAUUGGUAAUGUAGUUACCAUUCAGGCAGCUUCAGUCCAGGAGCAGCUUCAGAGGAUCCAUCAGCUCCGAGAGCAGCAACAGCAGAAGAAGAGACAAGCAGCAGAAGCAAAGAGAGAGCAAGCACUCAACGCAGCCAGCCAGAGUGACAUUAUUCAGAAACAGGUGGUGAUGAAACAAAACGCUGUGAUCGAGCACCUGAAGCAGAAGAAAACCAUGACACCUGCAGAGAGAGAAGAGAAUCAGAGGAUGAUCGUAUGCAACCAGGUGAUGAAGUUCAUCCUGGAUCGGAUUGACAAGGAUGAGCGUCAGGCAGCCAAGAGGAGAAAGAAGGAAGAGGUGGUGGAAGCGAAGAGGAGGAUGGCCAAUGCUAGCAAGCUCUCCUCGCUUCUUUACCGUCACAAAGAAAGCCUCAAGAUGGAGAUCCUGAAGAAGCGAGCUCUUCUUGACAAGGAGCUUCAGCUAGAGGCCCAGGAGGAGCUAAAGAGAGACCUGUUGCGGAUGAGGAGGGAAAAGGAGAGAGCACAGGCUGCAGCCCAACAGGCCGCUCAAGCUGCUGCUGCUGCUGCUGCUGCUGCCGCCGCCGCUGCCCACAACCAGCAGCAACACACUCACACGCACAGCAUCUCCUCCCAACACCACCUCACCACGACAGUCAGCUCCACUCACAAGAGGAAACGGGAGGAGGAGAGGGAGACGGCGACAUCAGCCAAGUCUAAGAAGAAGAAGAUGAUCGUGACAACGAGCACCAAGGAGACCAAGAAGGACACCAAGCUGUACUGCAUCUGCAAAACGCCCUACGAUGAGACCAAGUUCUACAUUGGCUGCGACCUUUGUACAAACUGGUAUCAUGGAGACUGUGUUGGCAUCACAGAGAAGGAGGCCAAGAAGAUGGACGACUACAUCUGUGUGGAGUGUAAACGGGGCCAGGAGAGCAGCACAGAGGAGCUGUACUGUAUCUGUCAGACACCGUACGACGAAUCCCAGUUCUACAUCGGCUGUGAUCGCUGUCAGAACUGGUACCACGGUCGCUGUGUGGGCAUCCUGCAGAGCGAGGCCAACCACAUAGAUGAAUAUGUGUGUCCACAGUGUCAGUCAACAGAGGACGCCAUGACGGUGUUCACGCCACUCACAGACAAGGACUAUGAGGGCCUGCGUAGAACUCUACGCUCUUUACAGGCGCAUAAGAUGGCGUGGCCGUUCCUAGAACCGGUGGACACGAACGACGCCCCAGACUACUACAGGGUUAUCAAGGAACCAAUGGACCUUUCCACAAUGGAGGAGAGGUUACAGAAGCGUGAGUACGUCAAGCUGACAGAGUUUGUAGCGGACAUGACCAAAAUCUUCGACAACUGCCGCUACUACAACCCCAGUGACUCGCCCUUCUACCAGUGUGCCGAGGUUCUGGAAACCUUCUUUGUCCAGAAACUUAAAGGCUUUAAAGCCAGCAGGUCUCAUAACAACAAACUACAAUCAGCAGCCUCUUAGCCUCCCUCCUAAGAUUCAAGUUUCAAACAGACAGACAGGCCUUGUGGUUUCCUCUGAAUGAUAAACCCUCAUGAUCGAAGUCGGGCUCUGCUCAGCUCACCUCCAACCUUCAACAGCGCCUUUGCAAAGCUCAAGUGAGAGAAAUCCCCAAAGUGUUUCUGUGGCAUAGAAGUCCUUCUUUCAGACCAAGGCCAGGGCGGGCUCUGCAGCCGGUUUGCCCUCCAUCAGAGGAAAGAUCCAGAUCAUACAAGCAGAUGAAGUUGGCUGGUUUGGUGUUCAGCUGCAGGCUGAGAUCACGACUGCAGUGGGCUCUUGUGUUAAUUCUGUAGCUGACCACUUUCUUAUUUCUUCAUCUUAUUCCUGCUCAAAAUAUCAGCUUGGAUUUUCUAAUCUAGAGACACAGUUUUAAUGUUAAACAGUCGCGUUUAAGUCCAAUCUUCAGGCUGCAAAAACUCAAAUCUAACCAAGAGUAUUUGUCUGAUUUCUAGUCAAAUAAAUAACUGCAUGCAUUUAAGUCACAUUCACUUGAAAAGUCCAAUAAACAUCUUAUCUAACCCAUUUAGAACAUAACCCUCUUAAAUACUGUAUGUAAACAACCUCUAAAAACCUGAGCGUUUCCUGAAAAACUACACAGAAUUUCAACACUGAUUAAAAGUAUUUUUCUUAGUCUUGAAGGCUGACUAAGGCAUAAAAUAAAACCUUUGAAAGCUAAAACUGAACACAAUUGCCUUUGCCCUUAUGUUUAACAUUUUAAAACUUAACCCUCAGAUCAAAAUCUUCAACAUCCCUUUCCUCUUCAAAACAUUUCUCUUAUAUCCUGGACCUUGGCUAGUGAUCCUCAGUCAAAUCACAAUCUGGGUCAUUGUCAUGGUUCUCAACGUUUAAAUCUCUGCUGUAGCUGGCCUCCAUGCCAACCCUGACCUUAAGUUGUCAGCCAUCACCAGUGUCACUGCUGAACUUGAACAACUUUUUCAUCAUCAACAUUUCCAAGUAGAGGCCAAAAAAACCCACAUUUUCUUUAUCUCAUCAGCCUUCCUUGUAUGGAUUUUUAGCAAAUUAUGUAGCAAAUUUUAAGUCAAAUUAUUAACAGGAUCAUCCAAAAGGCACUAAUGUUACUACAGUUUUUAACAGUAUACCCACAUGAACGUUGAAUUCAGCAUUACUGGGUUAAGAAAUAAAACAGAAUUAAGUCCUGCUUUGCUUUAAACAGAUUAAAAUAUCUGCCUUUGCAGAUUGGCAAAGCAAGCAUGCUAUAUUUUUGCGUAUAAAAUCUUGAACUAAGAUGCUUUUUUGGAUUUGUCAGAUGAAUGUGGCUUACAAUAACUGUCAGGAUAAUUUGGACUAGAAAUGAAAUAUGCACUUGCUUGGUUCUGAGUUUUUGACUUGUACCUCCCUUUUCUUACCCAUGUGACGGAAAAAAAUCUUACUGAAUUAAGUGAUUAUAAUUACUUUUUACAAUAAGCCUUGAGAGAUAAAGUUAAAGUGUUUUAUACCACAUUUUAAGAUGAUUAAAAAAGCCUGUUAUAAUGAUCUGAAGCAGUGGUUCUCAACUGGUCAAGCCUCAGGACACAACACUACCUACUUAAUGAGAAACUGCGAUCCAAAUUUCCCUAACAUUUUAAACAUUUUUCAGUUAAAAACUUGUGUAUAAGGGAAUUUCAUACUACCUUAGAUCAGUUGGGGUCUAAAUUUUGACAUUUUAGCACAAGUUAUUUAAUUUAGUAACUGCCCUCUACAGGUUAAAACUCUUCUUCUGCAACUUUUUUGAUCUGGUACCAAGUAAUGUAUUUGGUGCCAUCUAUCAUCAGCACAGAGCUCAAAGUUACUGCCCACUUUUCCUCGACUUGUAAAUUUGCAGCUCCACCAAUCAGGGAUGUUGCUGUAACGCUCUAGGAUUGUGGAUGAUGUAGUGCUGUUGCCUUAGAUCGUGACCAUGUCUUUUUAAAACAAGGAGGAUAAUAUCCUCACUUGUCUCUGCAUGAUGAUUAUGUCUUCAUUCAACAUGAAAACCAUUCGUUGUUAAAGUCCAAAGUUCAGGCAGAAAUGGACAGAACUUUACAGUUUUGCACUGAAGGCAAGCUCAACCAAUCAGAGAUCUUGCUGUGAAUCUGGAGGAUUAUGGGUUAUUAGUGCUAUUGACCAGGAGCAAGAAUAAACCAUGACUUUCUUAAAAUGAAGCGAAUAUUGCACAAACUUGUGUCAUCCACAUAAUCAUUUACUUUGUUUCCCUGUUUUAAAUGUCCUUUGUUGAAAAACUACAGUUCACUUCACCUGUAGCCAGACAAACACAGAAAUUUCCAACAUAAAGCUGGGAUCAGCCAAUGAAAGACAUAGUUGUGACACUCUAGCACUAAUGUAGUGCUGUUGAGCAUAAUCAUGAAUAAACCAAUUUAUUUAUUUAUUUAUUUUUAAAUAACAAGGUUGAUUAUAUGAGAAAAUGUGUCUUCUACAUGACCAUAUAUCUGCGUUUCAUUCUCAGGUAGCUCGUGGUAAGUCUGGUUGUGACAUUAUGGCUAAUUAUUAAAAAUAAAAAGCAGCUGGGACUGAAUGAUGUGGCUAAUAAGGGACAACAGAAUGGAGGGAGUGGGUGUGUCUUAUCACCUCUCCAUGACGUUGUGAAGGCAUUUUUUGAAAUUCCAAAGGAGAUGCGCCUCAGCUAAAAAUCUGGGGUGUAGUUACUCUUUAAUAAAAAAUGUUACCGUUCAGACCUUAUGAUGAGUUCUAUUUACCUCAGAGAUGACAUCACAUCUGAGUUCCAGUUACUAUAAGUUGGCAACUCAGGGUACCAAAGUUGCUCCAAGUUUCUGUGUCCCAGGUUCAGGGUCCAUUUGCUGCAUUAUCCGUCUGGCAACUCAAAAUUUCAGAGCUCUGAGAUUAACUGGAAUGCAUCAUUAGAUGGAACAAACAUGUUUGAAAAGAGCAUAAUUACAGAAGCACUGGGAGGACAUGCAUGCAGAUAUUUUGAGUUUGCUUUUUUCCCAUUAGAACAUGUUCAUUUUGUUUCACUUCUAUACAUUUUAAUGAAUAAAGACAUUACAAUGGGAAACAACAGCUUUGUUACCCCAAUAAAAUGAGAUAAAUUGGUCUAAGUCUGGAGGAAACAACAUUUAUUUUACAUCCAGGCAAAAUGAAGAAAAGUGAGAUAUUAGAGCUGACAUCUAUGCAUGAAUCAUGGUUCAUUUAUAUCUAUAAUUAGUGUAUUAUUUUUUAAUGCAUGCUUUAUCGUCUGUUUCGACACACUUUGGUUAAGCCACGACGGUGUUUCCUUGCAGCCACAGUGAUGUAAAAUGAGUCCUCCUACUGACUGCUCCUUUAAGUCUCUUAAAAAAAACAGACUGCUCAUUGGUCAAGUCAAAAGACAUCUGCAUCUUGCUUUAUUAAAAAUUACAUUUUCACUGUAGCUGUAUUUUCUUUUCAAUCCAUAACAAGUUCACUUUUCUGUGGUUACAUUUGUGUCAUAUUUUAUCGACAUCAAGUUCCUGUUUUUUUUUUUAAGAUAAAAGUAGGUCUGUAUCCAAACUGGAAGCCAGCUUUAAGACAGUCCAAAAAUCCAAAUCAAAUCAAAACAGCCUUAAAUCAAACUAGUGCAGUUACAAAAUGUGACAAAAGUGGCGCUCAGUUGUGAUUAACUGUAGAAAUUCUGAGAUUAAUUGUGAUUGAAAAUGAUCAUCUUUGACAGCCAUAUGAAUUAUGUUCAUGUAUGUUUGCAUAGUGCUCCAUAGCACCAUAGACUUUGUGCCACAAUUUUUCCCAGGCACUCAUUCAUGACCCACAGAAAGCAGCUCUGGGACCUACUUUUAGAUCCUGGCCCACCAUUUGAGAACCACUGUUCCACUGUGCCAAAGCUUAAAAAAACAACCUACAUUUCAAAGGCAGGUGCAUAGGAGAGGAACAAGUCCAUCAAAAAGUCCUGUGCACUGUCUAAAUUGCACAAAAAAAAUUGCAAUAUUUCAGGAGACAGUGUCGGGGUUCGCUUACUUGUUCACUGAAAACAAGAAAUUACCAAUAUAGGAUGCCUAGAACUCCUGUUUUGUCAUUGUGGUGUCCAAACAGGUAUCAAUAUCAUUUUAUUUUCACUCGAAUUAUGAGGACGUUUAAAGUGCUGGUGUGUGAUAAUCCUGUUAAGAGCAGUAUCAUUGCUGUAUUUCACACUGCAGCUAAGUUUUUGUUCCGACUGUAGCAUCAGGUGUGAAGCCAUGCCUGAUUCUUAAUUUGCCUCGUUCGAAGGGGAGACUAGCUUUGUAGAAAUUGGCUGAAAGAUUACUUUUUACGGAUUCUCUGUGGGUGUACAUUGUUCUAACUCAAGUCAUCCAAAAGGUCUCUAUUUUGUCUGAGAACUGCAAAACUUUCAUGUUGCUUAUCUGGACAGAAACAUCCAGGACAGGCUCCCAUCACACACCAUGCUUCUUCUAUUUUUCUAAAAAAAUCGAGAUGAAUGGGCAUUGGCUUAAAUGUAACUUUACCGAGAGACGAUAGAGUACAAGAGGCAAGGACACAAGGCUGUCAGGCCUACAGAGGGAUGAAUCUCGCUUAUUGAACUCGUCUGUACUGUACUUCCCUCCGUUUGCUCAGACUGUCUUGUUUGUCUCUGUCUGUGCGUCUCUGUCCCCUUAUCUGUCAGCCACUUUUUCCAGCAUAUUUCAUUGAAGUUGACAGGUUGGCUCACAUAUGUCUCUCAACUCACCCUCAAACCAUGGUUAAGUAAUUGGAUAAUGGACUUUUCCACUCAGCAUCAACUCAGUUAUGUUGCGGUCUGCGGCAGCAUGUCUGAGAGUCGACUUUGAGUGGGGACUGGGGAGUCUUUGUAUGUCGGGGUUUGUAUGAAAAUUUUAUAGCAGCAUUUUUAGCAUAUUUGGGAACAUUUUUGUAAGCUGUGUUUAUCAGUUUUGUAGGAGGGGAGCGGUCAUAAGACAAACUCAUCUUUAAGUUGUUUCAAACUGUUUGGAGUUAGGUAAAUAUCUCAGAUCCACUCGUUCUUUUCUGUGUGUAGCGGAGUUGAGAGAUGAUGUAGCUUCUGUCUCCUUUUAUGUUUGUGUGUCUUUCACACAAAUGCCUGUCACUUUGUAAUCUGAUGAUGUGUUUCAUCCACUGUUUGUACUCUCUAUUGUAUAUUAUGGCUACCCAAAUAUGUAGAGAUAAAGAUUUUUAGCGCAGUAGAAACUUUUAUUUUUCACUCUACAAACCAGCAACUAAGCCCGCCUGUAUAUUUAACUUUUUUUCUUUUUUUGAUUGAAGUGAACUCUACAUUUAGGUAAAAUUGCCCUUUUCAUAAAAUGUGCUGCAUAUUGUGAGCAUAAAGGUUUUGAAUGGGGUACAUUGACACAGUUAACUCUUGUAAAGAGUUUUUCUUGUUUUUGUAAGAAACAAAGCAGUUCAACAUAACUUCUAUAUUGACAUUGCAUUUCUUGUAUUAUUUAUUCAUAUCAAUGAAAAAGUUCUCAGUUUUUUGAGUAAAUGUUAAAGAAAACGUAACUGCAGAUAAAAGAAGUAUUCUAUGUUUUUAACAGAUUGUGGAAACUCUGAAGAGAUUCUCUUUUGUACUGGAUAGGACAUUUCAUCCUAGGUAAUAAAGUAAUGUUUUUG